CUCAUUGGUGUGCAAUUAUUCAUGAUUUUUUCAGGCGCAACUUUGGAAAUCCAGCGUCAACAAAUGAUGGAUCAGUUGGAGCAACAGAUGAUCCUUUCCAGACAACAAGAACUCGCCAACCGUGGCUUUGACAACUUCAAUCGCGGCGCUCCUCCUCCUGAGCAAGUUGUAGCCGACGAAACACUGGUUGCAUCCUUGGUUGACAUGGGAUUCAGUCGAGAACGAGCUGUGAGAGCUUUGCAGAGGGCGAACAACGAUAUCGAGAUGGCCACCAACUUCAUGCUGCAAGACGCAGACGCCAACUCCAACCGGCAGUGAUUUUCUGCAUAUUCUGAAUUUUUGAAUUUUCUGAAUGUCUUCUUCUUUUGGUGGUAUCCGAAUUUUUUUUUCUCCUGACUUGCGCCGUUGAAUCUAGGAAUGAAGAUUUUUUGUUUGCUGGAUGAGAAA